UUCAAUAUCCACACAUUUUCAUUUUCACUUUCUCUCUCUUUAAAAAAAAAUCAAAUUCCAGUUUUUCAACGUUCUCUCUCUAUAACCAAAAAUGUCAGGAAGAGGAAAGGGAGGCAAGGGUUUGGGAAAGGGAGGAGCAAAGCGUCACAGGAAAGUUCUUCGUGAUAACAUCCAAGGAAUUACGAAGCCUGCUAUUCGUCGUCUUGCUCGAAGAGGCGGUGUUAAGCGUAUCAGUGGUCUGAUCUACGAAGAGACACGUGGCGUCCUUAAGAUCUUUUUGGAGAAUGUGAUUCGUGAUGCUGUGACUUACACUGAGCAUGCGAGGAGGAAGACGGUGACUGCCAUGGAUGUUGUGUAUGCUCUCAAGAGGCAAGGAAGGACUCUUUAUGGUUUCGGUGGUUAGGCUGAGUUUAAUUUGGGGUUUCUAGGGUUUGGGGGGAUAAAUUUGUAGAUCUUUUGUGUUUUGAUGGUUUUUAUUAGGUAUGUAGUGGUGGUGUUUUGCUUGUAAUUGUUGGUUAUGAUUAAAUGAAAUGAAUAUCUCGUUCAAUCUA